GGGAACUCAAAAAAGGAAAUUAAGCUUGACUAUCUGGUGGAAAUAAUAAAUGGUAGUGGGUACUAGAAAAACUGGAGCGAAACCAGUCAACACUUCUCGCAGAUCUUCACUGGACACACCCCCCAGACCGUCAGAAAUUAACGAAACAAUGAUGGAAGAAAUAAGGAAAAUGCACCAGGAAACAAACCUGGCAAUUGAAAGAUCUAGAGACGAAUUAAAAGCAGAAUUUAGGAGAGAAUUGAGAAAUGAAAUAGGAGAAAUCACCUCAAGGCUAGAUAAAAUUGAUGGGGACCUGAAGAAAAUCAAUGGGAAGGUGGAAAAAUUGGAAACUGAUAUGAAGAAAAUGGAAAUAAAGGUAGAAACAAUAUAUAAAGAUCAACAAGAGGAACAAGAAUCAAUACUGAGACUACAAUUGAAACAAAGAGAAAAUUGCCUAAAACUGAGAGGCUUGCCUGAAAAUGUAAAUGAAAACUUAUAUACUCUACUCACACCAAUUUUGGCAAAAUUUAUUGGGGAAUCGGAGACUCUCUUCCCGUGGGAAAUAGACCGAGUCUACAGAUUAAAUUCCCGAAUUGCGAAAAUUAAAAAACUCCCGAGAGAUGUUGUGAUCUACUUCGUAAGAAAGCAAACAAAAGAAAUAAUUCUAAGACAGAGUUUUACCACAAAGUUGAUGAUAGAAAACAAAGAGAUCACAGUCUUAAGGGACAUCCCUGGGAAAAUUUUGAAAAGAAGGAAAGAAUACAACUUCUUAAUUGAGCAACUGAAAGCCCGGAAAAUUCUCUAUAAAUGGGACGAUCUAGAAGGAGUCAUAGUGACCUGGAAACAGAGGAAAGUGAGAUUAAAUUCGACUGAGAAGGCAAGACUGUUUUUGAUUGGUCUGAAAAAGGAAAUAGAGGAUGAGGGAGUGAGAAAUGAAGGAGAAGAUAAACCAGGAGGAGAUGGUGAGGAUGGUAACGACGACGAAGAGGAGGAGAUAACGGAGGAGACAGUGAGGAACUAAGAAAGAUAUUUAAAAAGUAAAAUUUAAAAAUUCCGAAUUUAGAAGAAUCUAUACAUUUUCACUGAUUGAGAAACUAUUUUUUUUAAUUUGCUGACAAUUAAUUAAAAUUUUAGCUUGGCAACUAAUUGAUUUCUUACUGUUGGAUCAAUUAAACUAUAUUACUCAAAUAAAGUUUAAAUCCUUUUUGGAAAAAAAAAGUCUUGCUUUCUU